AAUAUAACCAUAACCUCUAUCUUUUGUAUCCUGAUACAAGACAACGUAUUUUGUUGUAUUUUCUAUAUUUUGAAACCUAAAAGUUAAGAAAUAAUGGACACGAAACAUCAAAAGAUGCCCAAAGUGGCAAAGGUGAAAAAUAAAGCUCCGGCAGAAAUCCAAAUCACUGCCGAACAACUUCUAAGAGAAGCUAAAGAAAGAGAUUUGGAAAUCUUACCUCCUCCUCCAAAGCAAAAAAUUUCGGAUCCAGCCGAACUAGCUGACUAUCAGUUAAGAAGACGUAAACAAUUUGAAGACAACAUAAGAAAAAAUCGUACUGUCAUUUCUAACUGGAUAAAAUACGCACAAUGGGAAGAAUCGCAGAAGGAAAUACAACGGGCAAGGUCUAUUUGGGAGAGAGCCCUAGACGUCGAUCACAGAAAUAUUACAAUUUGGCUGAAAUAUACAGAAAUGGAAAUGAGAAAUAGACAGGUUAAUCACGCCAGAAAUCUAUGGGACAGAGCCGUUACUAUUUUACCUAGAGUAAAUCAGUUUUGGUACAAAUAUACUUACAUGGAAGAAAUGCUGGAAAAUAUACCAGGGGCUCGGGCAGUUUUUGAACGUUGGAUGGAAUGGCAACCAGACGAACAAGCUUGGCAAACGUAUAUCAAUUUUGAACUAAGAUAUAAGGAAAUUGACCGAGCCAGGCUAAUAUACGAAAGAUUUGUUAUAACACAUCCGGAAGUGAAACACUGGAUAAAAUACGCCCGAUUUGAAGAAAAUCAUGGUUUCAUCCAUUCUGCUCGUCAAAUAUACGAACGUGCGGUACAGUUUUAUGGUGAUGAUCAUUUGGAUGAAAAACUGUAUAUCGCGUUCGCCAAGUUUGAGGAAAAUCAGAAGGAACACGACAGAGCAAGGGUGAUAUACAAAUACGCCUUGGAUCACAUCCCGAAAGAUCAAACCAAAGAACUUUACAAAGCCUACACAAUACACGAGAAAAAAUACGGCGACAGGAGCGGCAUAGAGGAGGUGAUAGUAUCGAAACGCAAAUUUCAAUACGAGCAGGAGAUAGCGCAAAAUCCUACGAACUACGAUGCUUGGUUUGAUUAUAUCAGACUAGUGGAGGGCGAAGGAGAUGUCGAAGUUACAAGGGAAACGUAUGAAAGGGCAAUAGCUAACAUACCGCCAACGAAAAACAAGCAGUACUGGCGUAGAUAUAUCUAUUUGUGGAUAAACUACGCGCUGUUCGAAGAAUUAGAAGCAAACGAUUACGAACGUACGAGACAAGUGUACAAAGCUUGUUUGGAAUUAUUGCCGCACAAGGCGUUCACUUUUUCGAAAAUAUGGCUCCUGUUUGCGCAGUAUGAAAUCCGACAAAAGAAUUUGACCGCCGCCAGGAAGAUACUCGGUAUGUCCAUAGGGAUGUGUCCGAGGGACAAACUUUUCCGAGGCUACAUAGACCUAGAAAUACAACUUCGAGAGUUCGACAGGUGUCGGCGGCUAUACGAGAAGUUCUUAGAAUUCGGACCGGAAAAUUGCGUGACGUGGAUGAAGUUCGCGGAAUUAGAAACGCUACUGGGUGAUGCAGACAGAGCUAGGGCUAUAUACGAACUGGCCAUAAACCAACCGAGACUGGAUAUGCCCGAACUGCUUUGGAAGGCCUACAUCGACUUCGAGAUAGCCCAAGACGAACCUGAUAACGCACGGCAGUUGUACGAGAGACUACUAGAAAGGACGUCGCACGUUAAAGUUUGGCUCUCCUACGCAAAGUUCGAGUUGAAUAACCAAAUGGAAGACGACAUGAACGUCAAACUCUCCAGAAGGGUAUUCGAGAGGGCAAACGAGAGUUUGAAGAGUUCCGCCGAGAAAGAAGCCAGAGUUUUAUUGUUAGAAAACUGGAAGGAGUUCGAAAACGCUCACGGAGACGAAGCGAAUAAGGAGAAAGUUAACGGUAAAAUGCCGAGGAGGAUCAAGAAACGACAGAAGGUCAUCGAUGAGGAUGGGAUAGAGCAGGGAUGGGAAGAAGUCUUUGAUUAUAUCUUUCCCGAAGACGAGGCUAGCAGGCCGAACCUCAAACUGCUCGCUGCCGCUAAGAACUGGAAGAAGAAAGUUGUGGACGAACCUACUAUGGAGAAUGAAGUUAUUGAGGGGGAUACUGGCGACGGUAAUGAUAACAAUGAAGAGGAAAUCAGGGAAAGUUAAUGAGCGGAUCCAAGGGGGGGCAUGGGGGGCGAUCGCUCCCCACCCCAAAUGGUCCGAAAAUUUUUUUUUUAACAAAUGAACAAGGAACCAACCAUAAAAAUAAACUCCAAGAGCUCCAUACUCCACAAUAUUAUAAAACCGUCUAAAAUUCCCUCUUUGAAGUGACCAAAUCAAAGAUCGAACAGAAUAAAG